AUGCUGCUUCUCCUGGUUGGCUGUCUCUUGCCUGCCAUCAAUGGGAAGAGCUGCCUCCACUGCUGGCCACAACUGCCUGCACUGAUAGACUAUGACCUGCAGAUUCUUUGGGGCUCUCCAGGGCCACCCAGAGAGCUCUCCCAAAGCCUCCACUCCUUAUUCUUGAAAAGGGAUUAUAUCUUCUUAGAACCUCGGUAUCUUGAUCAUGACCAUAUGGAGGAAGCAACAGCCAAAUUAUUCAAUCACGUAGAUGAAGCCAUCAAGAAGUUUCGAGAUGAUAAACCAUCACUUCUGGAAGAGAUUAAUGUCCAGAAACAGGUGUUUACUGACAGGCUGAAUCAGAUGUCUGAGAAGCUGAAGGAGAAGGCCUGCAAUAAGUCCUGCGACAUACACUCCACACUGGAGGUCAUCAAUUGUGCCAACUGCAAGACACACCUUCUUACCUGCAAAGACCCGACUCUCUGCCCAGGCAUCCUCACUUCUCACCUGGAUUAUGCCAGCAUCUCUCAACUGGCCUCCCUGCCCCUCUUGACCACAUCUUACUCAACAACCAAAGAACUUUCUCAAGGAGCAAAUCCCCCUAUGACACUCCCUGUUGUAGCCCAAUUGCCCCCCAGAUAA